AUGGAGUCACAACUGAGAAAUCUGGUACUGGGUCUUUUUCUAUUGUCAGCAACCUUUGUCUCUGGUGUCAAAGCUUGGACAGGUGAAAUUCAUGGAAGAGUUGUUUGUGAUGUUUGUGGUGAUUCUUCUAUUGGACCUGAAGAUCAUGUUUUAGAAGGUGCUGAAGUAGCUGUUCUUUGCAUAACGAUAUCCGGGGAAGUUCUAAACUACCAGGCCUUCACAAAUGAUAAGGGGAUUUACACUGUCGCAGAGACCAUGUCUGAGAGUGACCGUUGGGAUGCAUGCCUCUCACGACCUAUCAGUAGUUUCCAUGAGCAGUGCACCCAACUUGGAGAAGCCAGCAAAGGCGUGAAGUUUAGUUAUAAUCGUCCAUCUGGUUUUUCUCAUACAGUCAAACCUUUCGUCUAUCGCCCUGCCAAUGUGCCAUCGUACUGCAUCUAG